UUCCAAGUUCCGAUCAUUGGUUCUUUAUCAUUCUUCGUUUAGCGCAAAUUCAAGAGAGUCGCAGCCAUCAUCACCUGCCGUAUCGAUAAAGAUAACAAGCCUUUGUGGCUAAUCGCAAAUCUUAACGUUUUUCGCCAUGCCGGAAUACAAAAAGCUGGAAAAUCAGGAUACGGAUGUGGAGAGUGCGCCUCGCCCCGUCCAGGACACCCAAGGGGAACCAAGGCCAGCAGCCCAAAUGGUGACAGUGUCCUUGAUAAUGCUCCUGUUCCUCGGCAGCUCCUACUUCCAGCCACGACCACGCCUCCAUCAGUAUCAAGGAGGCAGGGGACAUGGCUUGCAUCAAAAGUAUGACUGCAACAUCCAAUUAGUAGAGUCCAUUCCCAUUGGCCUCACAUAUCCUGAAGGUAGCCCAAAAUUCCUAAGCACCUAUGAAGCCUGGCAGCAGUUGUUGGACAGCGCAAAGACCUCGCUGGAUAUAGCUUCCUUCUAUUGGACACUUAAAGCCGAGGAUACUCCUGGGGUAAAGGAUAACAGCACUCAGCCAGGCGAGGACAUCUUUGCCAGACUCCUGGCCAACGGAAACGGAGGCAGCCGGUCACCGAGGAUAAAGAUUCGCAUUGCCCAGAGCGAGCCCUCCAGUGUGUCUCCAAAUUUAAACACAAAGUUGUUAGAAAGCGCUGGAGCCGCCGAGGUUGUAAGCAUCUCGUUUCCCAAGUACUUUGGUAGUGGAGUCCUUCACACCAAGCUCUGGGUGGUGGAUGACGAGCAUUUUUACCUGGGCAGCGCCAAUAUGGACUGGCGGGCACUCACCCAGGUCAAGGAAAUGGGCGUUCUCGUACAGAAUUGUCGGCAAUUGACACUCGAUGUGGCCAAGAUCUUUUCGGAGUACUGGUAUUUGGGCAACAGCGCACCAUCCAAGAUUCCCAAUUGGGACUGGUCAUACAGGACCAACUUCAACUUACAGCAACCCAUGCAGCUAAACGUGAACAAGAAUACCACUAUGGAAGGUUUUCUUUCCAGCUCACCACCCCCACUAUCAGCCUGGGGGAGAACAAACGACCUGGACGCAAUUCUCAACACUAUCAAUUCGGCCAUAACGUAUGUUAAUAUUGCUGUAAUGGACUACUAUCCACUGAUCAUCUAUGAGAAAAACCACCACUAUUGGCCGUUUAUCGACGAUGCACUGCGCCGGGCAGCUGUGGAACGGGGCGUGGCGGUUAAGCUGCUCAUAUCCUGGUGGAAGCACUCUAAUCCCAGCGAGGACAAGUACUUAAAGUCCCUACAGGAUCUGGCCUCAAAAAAAGACAAUGUUGAUAUACAAAUUCGCCGCUUUAUUGUGCCAACGGAUGCAAGCCAGGAAAAUAUUCCAUUUGGCCGGGUCAACCACAAUAAAUACAUGGUCACUGAUCGAGUGGCUUACAUCGGCACAUCCAACUGGAGUGGCGACUAUUUCACGGAUACUGCUGGUAUUGGCCUGGUGCUAAGUGAAACUCAUGAGACGGAGAGCACAAAUACAUUAAGGAGCGAUCUGCGCAACGUUUUCGAGCGGGACUGGAAUAGCAAAUACGCCACUCCGCUAAAAUAAUCGUUAUUUGAUUCCACUUAUUUUAAUCCAAUCCCAAUGUUAUAAAAAUUGUUCAAUUCUAUUCAUUGCUUUUAUUCCGUUUUGAUUAUGUGUUAGGGUAAAUAAAAGACUCGUUUUACGGCCAUAACAGAAAAUACAAA